GGAGUGGGCCCUGAAGAUACUUAAGAAUGCUUCCGUCUGCUGGUCUUGGGAUCGACAUCCACCUGCAUUUUAAUUCAAUACCCUGCCUCGGCCGGCAUCUUUUCGGAAAUUCCGUUUGACCAUGGCGAACAACACUUUCGAGACCGACGUGGUGCGGCCUGCAGAGGGCUUUCCUCGUCCCUCGCACAGCAUAGACGUUGAGAAGAGGGGCGAUGGAGCAGUCCACUCCCACGAGAUGGCCAGCGACGCCGAGUCCAAGUCCAUUGAGUCGGAAAACUUCCAGAAUGGCGUUCAACGUGUCCGCGCCAUCACCGAGAUAUGGAGCAAGAAGACUCUGAUCGCCAUGUUCAUCUUCUUGUACCUUAUCGAGUUUGUUGCUUUCCUACAAAAUGCCAUUGACGCAGCGCUCAACCCUUUCAUCACAUCGGCUUUUGGAAGACACGGCCUGUUGACCGUUUCGAGCGUCAUGGCAACAGCACUGAGCGGUUGUGUUCCCCUUCUCAUUGCCAAAGUAAUCGACGUUUUCGGUCGCGUAGAGGGCUUCUUCCUUAUGCUCCUUCUUGUCGUCUGCGGUAUGGCCAUGAAGGCUGCUUGCCAGAACGUGCAGACUUAUAUGGCUGGUCACGUUCUCUACUGGGCUGGCCAUAUUGGCGUGCUAUAUGUUACUGACAUUAUGGCUGCCGAUAUCACCACAUUGAAGAACCGAAUGAUCAUCCUCACUAUCAAUGGAACGCCUCGUAUCGCUAGCACUUUCGCCGGUCCUAAGAUUGCGGAGCUCUUUUACUACAAGAACAACUGGCGCUGGGCUUUUGGUGCAUUCAUCAUCAUCUUCAUUGGCUGCUGCCUUCCCGCUAUCGUUGUCAUGAUGCUCAUGUACCGCAAGGCCAGGAAAGCCGGCUUGGCCAAAAAGGAAAAGUCGGAUCGCAAUUUCCUGCAGUCAGUUUGGUACUAUUUUGUGCAAUUCGAUGUUUUUGGCAUUAUCCUUAUCAUGUGCGCGUGGUGCUUAUUUGUUUUGCCCUUUACUCUCGUAUCCUACGCUCCCAACGGCUGGAAGACACCUUACAUCAUUGCCUGCAUCGUGCUGGGUCUCAUUCUCUUCCCGGUCUUUUACAUUUGGGAGGCCAAGUUCGCGCCUGUCCAGUUUUUGCCUUGGAUCUACCUUAAGAACGGUACCAUUGCCGGCUCAUGCCUUCUCUAUGGAGUAAUGUUUCUCUCCGUGUUUUGCUGGAACGGAUACUUCUAUUCAUACCUGCAGGUCGUUCACAGGCAGAGCAUCACGCAUGCUAGCUACAUUCUCAACGCUUUCUCGCUUACGUCGUCAGUUUUCAGCCCGAUAAUUGCGUUGUGGAUCAGGCAUUCUGGCAACUUCAAGUGGACAGCUUACACUGGUGUUCCCAUCGUCCUGCUUGGUACCGCACUCUUGAUUCCUUUCCGGAACCCAUCUACCAACCCUGGUGUCCUUGCCUUUACACAAGUCCUUGUUGGUCUUGGCACAGCAUUUUUCGCUACUUGUGCUCAGCUCGCGGUCAUGGUCCCCGUCACACAUCAAGAGAUUGCUGUAAUCAACGCCAUCUAUGGUCUCUUUGGCAGCUUUGGCUCUUCAAUUGGUUACGCUAUUGCUGGCGCCAUGUGGAAUAACAUUCUUCCUGAACAACUCCUCAAGCGCCUCCCCGAAUCUAGCAAACCAGACUACCGCACCAUCUUUGGCGAUAUUGCAGUUCAAAUGUCUUUCCUGGACGGUACACCUGAGCGCGAUGCUAUCGUUGGUGCGUACGGUGAUGUGCAGCGCAAGAUGGUCAUUACAGGUGCAUGUUUCGUUCCCCUUUGCCUGGCCUGCAUUUUUGUUUGGAAGAACAUUAACCUCAAGAAGCUAGAGGAAGAGGAGGGCAAGCAGACUAAGGGAAAUGUUUUCUAGAUAGUUUCAUUGAAGUUUGGCUAUUCUGUGUGCGCGAAAUGGUAUAUAUACUAAAAACCCCAAUUUUGCUUCAUAUCGUCCAGGCGAAUGCCCUCAAUCUCAAAGGCACCAUCUUCCGUUCCUUCAAUUUGAUGUCACUCACUCCUUUGCCUUUGCCCUCUCCCUCUCGACCCCCUUCUUGAUACGUGCGAUAAGCAUGGCCGUUGCCUCUUCAUGCGGAACAUCCUUGGAUUCCACAAACUCAUAGAUUCCUUGUGCUUCUUUCUCCAGCCUACUCUGGAAAGCGCGUCUACUAGAAGCCGCCGCCAAGAUAAUCGCGAGAGGGCUUGUAAUCAUGAAUCUUCUCCAUGAAUUUAGCCUUUGUUCGAUAUAAGCUUUGUCGAUGUCAAUAUCUGCCAGCUCGAGAAUCUCAUUGAUUUCUUCGC